UAUUACCGGGCGUUAUCGAUAUUCAGCUUAUCGCGGAUGAUUAAGUUUAAAUAAACAUCAGAUACCACUUCAACAGUACUUAUCGAAGCAAGAAUGUCUCUAGACGUCAAUAUUAGUGAACCUGAGGAAUUCAAUUGCCAAGAACUACACACUUCUAUUGAAAAAGCCGCUCAUAUUAAAGGAAUAAAUGAUUUUAAAUAUCACGUAGAUACUAUUAGUGGUAAAGGAGAUAAUUACAUUGCAAAUCUAUUUAGAGUAAUCAUCAAAGAUACUGAAGAUGAAACUAACAGUGUUAAUGUUAUUGUAAAAACUCUUAUAAAUACAGCGAGACAAGAAACAUUUAGUGAAUUGCACAAACGAGAAGUCAAAGUUUAUAAGAAAGUGUUACCAUUGUUCAAACGAAUACAAGAGGUCAUUAACGAUGAUGAUAGAGUGAUAUUUCCAGAUUGUUUAUUAUCAAGUAUUGAAGAUGAACAGGAAAUUUUGAUACUCGAAGAUAUGCAAGAUAAAGGUUUUGUAAUGAGUGAUAAGGUGGCUAAAUUUGAAUCGUUGACUUUUGAUGAAAUCAAAUCAAUAUUAAAGGAGUUAGCAAAGUUUCAUGCUAUCUCUUUGAUUUGUGAGAAACAAGAGCCAGAAGAAUUUCAAAAGUUACAGAAAAAGUUUAAAGAUUUAAUGUUCGAUAACAGAUUUCUGAACAAAAGUAACUUACGAAAGUAUUUUGUGGAUUCUUUUCAGAUGUCAUUAAAAGUUGUAGAGGAUAUCGAACUUAAGAAAUCAUUAGAACAAAUAGGAACGAGACUAAUAGAAUUGUUAGGACUGUAUACAACGCCAAAGAAAUUUAACGUUUUGUGCCAUGGGGACUGCUGGGUCAAUAAUGUGUUGUUUAAAAAAAUGGAAAACGGAAAUCGGCUAUGCUUCCUAGACUUCCAGGCGUUACGAUAUGCUAAUCCAGCGACCGACGUCCUACAUUUCCUGUUCCUAUGCACCAACUCCAACUUCCGAUCCCAACAUUUAGAAAACCUCUUAGACGCAUAUUACGAAAGUUUCCAAGCAUUCUCCAAUUUAUUCAACGUGGAUGCAAGUUUAAUUUAUCAGAAGGAGGAUUUUUACAGGGAUGUAAGGGAAACUUUGCCUUUCGGUUUCUUGAUAGCUUUCAUAGAGUUGAGGAUAGUCACAUGUACAGUGGAGGAUAUUGAUUUUUUGAGAGGUUCUAGUCUUUCGUUGAAUACUUUGGAGCCACCGAAUGGCAAUGAGCUGUUUAAAAUUAGAAUUAAUGAUGUGGUGAGAGAAGCCUCGAAUAACGGUGCUAUAAAUAAAUUGAUUGAUGAAAUGAAUAGGUUUAGUUAUUAAUAUGCGUGUUGAAGCUAUUUGCUAAUUAUUUCUAAAAA